GAUUUUUCGCUUAAACCAGUAAGAAAUCAAUUUAUCACGCGAGGACCGCUGCACAUGCUUCUGGAUAUUUGGAGCGAUGGCAAACAGUAAUUACCGGUCUACCCAAAUUUGGUCCCCUCAUUAAAAAGUUAGCUAAUAUAGUGAAUAUCAGCACUGAUCUCAACCGUGUACUUUAUCCAAUGUGGCACGUUAUCCCAACAACUUAGCCGGGAGAUUUACCCCCGAACCUUUGUAAAACAGUGUUAUUCUUUUCAGUAAUGAUCAAGCGAGAAGACACCUUGCUUCAUCAAAUCUUCGAGGACCUCCUUUUUACGCACAAGGAUGGUCUACCAGAAAAGACCGCCAUAUGGCAUAUCCCUGAUCCUCGACAACUACUGGUCUCUCCCACGGGGACAGCGCUUGCUGAUGAGUGCCAGUAUUCCAUUGACUGGACACCGGAUACGAAGACGUCCUGCGACAUUCAGUCCAUUACCUUCAGUGAACUAAACUUAACGGCUUCACAUUUGGCCAAGCAAAUAAGCAAAGCGCUACGGAAGUUUAAUGACAAGAAUCCAGCUGAUUGUGUUUCCGCAUCCUCCGACGGACCAAACGAUGAGCGACACGCUCAGGCGCAUUCAGUAAUUGCUAUAUUUAUGCCUCCCGGAAUCGACCGAAUUGUCACCCAGAUUGCCUGCAUGAAACUGCAUUUGGCUUAUCUUCCACUGGAUCGCCAACUUUCAGUCGGGCGCGUCGUGCAAAUCCUCGAACUCAUAUCUCCCAUGAUGAUGAUCUGCUCCAAGGACUAUUACGAUAUAUUACUCCGAAGCCAUUUAGCGGAACAAACCGACCAUUUUACUUCUUACUUAAAUGAUAAACUAGACUCCAUGAACUAUGUCAUUAAUCGAAUUCCGGUACGAAUCUACGAAAGCCUAAUGAACACUUCACCUACGUUCACAGACCCUGGGAUUGUUCUAUGUCAAGAUAGACUGGGAACAACAACGGAACAUUUUUUCGCACAUGUGAGGGAUCCGGUCGUCAUUGUUCUUUUCACUUCAGGAAGCACUACAUCCGAUCCAAAGAUCGUUCGCCUUCGGAACAGUCAGCUGGUGAACCGACUGAAUUGGCAGUGGGCGAGCAAUGUGGAGAUGGAUGGUCCAGGAAGAUGGAAAAGGAAACACUGCUUAGAAGACGAAUAUAGACAAAAGCGUGAAGUAAUCCUAUCCAGUACUGCAUGUGUGUUUGUGGAUGCUUUCACAGAGUUGUUCAGCGCACUAUUCGCUGGUCUCACUGUUGUUGUCCCCGGAGGUCUGAAGUGCGCCAGUGAAGUAUGCGUCUCAGACGUCCGAAUUUUGUACAGUCUAAUUCGUUUCUUCCGCAUCACGCGUUUGACAACAGUGCCGAACCAGUUGACCAUAUGGAUGAAUCAAAUGAAUCUCAUCGAGUCUAAGGAAUGUGACGCCGACUUGAGUUCUCUGAACACCAUCGUGGUCAGUGGCGACAUUCUUCUUCCAGAAUUGGCUUGCACCUUCUUUCACUUGCCGUUAGGACGUGGUACGAGGUUAUUAAACUUUUAUGGCACUACUGAGGUGGCAGGUGAUGUUACUGCUUACGCGUUCUACAGUGAACAGGAUGUGAAGCGGGCCACCAAACAUAUUGAAGGAAGUACGCAGGAGGACACUAUGGUGGAGACUUCAUCAUUUGUUGCUGUCGGGAUACCCAUAUCCAAUACUACGAUAUACAUUGUGAAAAGAUGUGGAGAGAACAUAUGUCAGCGCACUUUAUCAAUGGAUCUGUCGAAACAGUCAAUCAUAGGUGAUCCUGUUUACCCAGUAGACUGGUCGAGUAUGGGAUAUCAGGUUAUUGAACAGGGUUGUGUUGGUGAAGUUGCUAUUACUGGUGUACCAGUUGGUGUUUUUUCAGACGAAAAGGCUACGGCGCCUGCCUCGCACCCGUUAACUUUGGACUUCCAGGAGGCUAAUGCGAGCAGACUGACACCGGCGUUCUUGGGGAAUCAUGCUGUCUACUUUCCAGGAGACCUUGGUUUCAUCAGUCCAGAGGACCACUUGCUCUACGUGUGUGGUCGUUCGGAUGAACUAGUAAAAAUUAACGCUGUCCGAUUCUUGGCCAGUGAAGUUGAUCGUUUGUUGCUCAGAAUAAAGGAAAAUUGCACACGGAAGCCAUCUGCAAUGUCUUGGAUGGAGAAGAAAGUGAUCAACGUUUACGAAUCAGUCACAUUGCCCGUACAGCACCCCUCCAACGGAACCAAGCAGCUGGUGUGUUUUUACGUGGUUGCCACAGACAGUUCGAAUUUGUGUGGACAAGUAAAUUUCCUAUCAACAGAAAUUAAACCUGUGCUGCACGGAAGCAUAAAGUACCAUUCACAUUUAACACUUCUUAAGCCCCAGUCAGCAGACUGGGCCAAGCUUUCUCCAAAACCGAAUGAGCUUUCAACAACGAUGGCCAACUAUUUGCCAGUCUACAUUCGGCCAAUAUUUCUAGCAAUAAAUCGGAUUCCGGUGAUGCCCACCAGUGGAAAGGUUGACAAACAACGAUUGCGCACUCUGUACGAGGACACGUUGACGUUGGAACGCGAAAAUCAUCCACCAUGUAAGGAGGCAGGUGGAAGGCUUGGUGCAGAUGAGGUGCUUCGCACUCUUCAAAAAGGGGAAAAGCGGCUGAAGAGACCGAAUUACAGAGAACAAGCCAGAAGAGUCCUCGCAACCAUCCUCGGUGUUGACCCGUCUGUCGCGCAAGACAGAGCUGGAAGACCAAGAGACGAUGAAGACUUCUAUUUAAUUGGAGGAAAUUCAUUAAUGGCAGUACUUGCUCUGGAAAGCCUACGUCAACUUGGAUUCAAAGUUCACCUGGAAACAUUUUAUCAAACCAGCACCAUUGGUCGAAUUCUGGACUCGCUCGUUCCUCCUGGUUUUGCUGUACUGUCUACCGGUAAUCUCCUGGAAAGUCAGUUGAUGACAGAAAGCUUGUUAUCGAAACACAUACCUUUGAACACUGAGGAGGUAUGCGCAGAUCUUGGUUAUCGUUUGGUCAAGCGCACCAGAAUGAAAGCUUUUGCCACUUCGGAAAAGGUCAUGAUUGAUCCAGUCUAUCACGAACACAAUAGUUACUAUAUGGUCAGGCACCUAAACGAUUAGUCACUGAAUCAAAGGAAGUUGGCCAUCUGUGGUACUCAAAAAACCGAAGUUUCAUUGGCUUCCAAAAGUGUGAAAUGUGCUUAUUUAACUUGUUUAUGCAUUUACUCUUUUAUGCAAUCAACAGAAGGACUGAGUACAUCUCCCCAUCGUCAUAAACGUUGAGACCUUAUUGUUGUAUUGAAACAAUGAAAUAUAAGUAGUUUUGCAUU